CGAACCCACAUUCACCCCAUGGAUUUGCAAAUGGCAAUUUUCCAAUGUGGAGACAAUUUUGUGAGGCAGUAUAUUUACACCAAACUCUCAUUUUGCCAGUUUGCACUGCCGCUUUUAGUUCCAAAUCCUUGUAGCACAGAAAUAGAAUUCCCCCUUUGGGCAUUCCGACAGAUUUACAAGAGCUGGAAAUAUCGUGACGCAUCCACUAAGACACAACAAUCCAAAAGCUGUGCAAUUGUUAACUCUGACACUCCCCUAGUGUCCUUCAUUAGAUUUGGUGAUUCGCCCACAUCGAAAUCGCAGAUGCUGAACUCUCUGCUUGGAAAGCAAAGCCAUGGAAGUUUCUUUCAUCGGCACUGCAGAGGCAGCAGAAAGAAUGGUCUCCUCAUGGAAGGAGUCACAGAGAUCGCCUGGUACUGUCCAGGUGGGAUGGACGAUGACGUCUUUAAUGACUGCAUAGCGUUCACCAAUCUGCACGGAGAUGCAAGAAAACACAGACGACAGGUGAAGUUUCUACACGAGAUAUCUUCUAUUAAUGUGGUUUUACUGUCUGAAUCACAACUGAACGAUGAUGCUAAACACAUUUUGCAGGAAUAUCUGAAUUCCCCAAAGCCUUUCGUUUUCCUAUGCGCUGACAAAGAGAGAAUCAAAGGUGCAAAGCCAGGAAUAAAGGUGAAAAUUGCUGUCAAGAACAGAAACGAGCCCGAGUUAAUGGAUGAAUUGAAGUCAACUCUCAAUAAUCUGUUGGCUAAAUCAACACAAACGAUCAACAUCGAUGAUUGCUCAAACAUUGCUCGACGGCACGGCUUCAAAGUUGACGAAGAUAAUGAAGAUUGUAAACAAGGCAAGUCCAUGGCAGACGACUUGCUGAGUUGUCUCAAGGACAAGCCACUGCCUUCCAUGAAGGAAACUUUUCUGCCUCUUCAAGGUAAAUUGUGGCACGAGUGGUGCAAGAAAGAUAAAGAAUUCACUCGCUUGAGAGUAAAGGGGGACCAAAGCGUGGAGGAAUACAGGGACAGCAUUUCAAUGGAAAAACAAUCCUUACGGCAAGCCCAGCUUGACAAAGGAUUUCCUCUCAAUGAUGCAAUUAGAACAUUUAUUGAAAUUCUGGAGCAUCAGGUAGACACAGUAAAAGCAUACUUCCUGAAUUGGCUAAAAAUAUAUUUAGAUAACCUCUCCAAAGAUGAAUUAUCACAACUUCAUCAGGAGUAUCAUCAGGUUCGGAGAGAAAUGGUAAAGUCCAAGAAAGAAACAAAUGAAAGUAGUUUGCUGGCUACAAAACAAGCAGAGCUGCAAAAAAUAUCACAAAAACGUGAUGCCUCUUCCUUUGGAAUCGAUCACCUUUUCCGGGAAGUUGGACAGAUCUACGAAGCGUCACAGACACUGCGCAUAGCUGACACACACUUAGCUGCUUUGCCAGGCAUCGCAGCAGAUUUCAUGCUCUCUGGGUUCCCUCUUGAACUCGUGGACGGUGACGCCUCGCAUGUCCCACUCACUUGGAUCGGCUCGGUUUUGGACAAAGUUAUUGAAAAAGUCGGAAACAAAAAACUGUUUGUUCUCUCCAUACUGGGCAUACAGAGCAGUGGCAAGUCCACACUGCUAAAUGCAAUGUUCGGUCUCCAAUUCCCUGUGGGUGCAGGGAGAUGCACCCGAGGCGUUUACAUGCAGUUGGUGAAGGUGGAGGAGGAGUUCAGCAUAGAGCUAGGCUGUGACUUUGUGCUGAUAGUCGACACAGAAGGGAUACGAGCCCCAGAACUAUCAAAUGCGAAACCCACUCGUGACAAUGAGCUGGCUACGUUUGUGAUCGGCCUUGGCAACGCGACAGUGAUCAACAUUUUUGGAGAGAAUCCAUUAGAGAUGCAAGACAUUCUGCAGAUUGCUGUGCAGGCGUUUCUGAGAAUGAGGCAGAUGAAGUUGUCAUCGAGCUGCGUGUUUGUCCAUCAAAACGUAGGGGAUGUGACCAGCUCAAGACAAUAAUGAAGAAUGCACGGAG